ACCAACUGGACAACCAGCCCGGUCUGGAUCCACAGCGUCGCACAACGGUUCCGUUGAAACUCGCGUCUACCAGCGCCGUGCAGGACCUCCACGUUCGCCACCGAUCGUCGCCCGGACCGCCGUGUCCCUGACGUUUACCGAGCGGCCUCGUCCGACCCUUCGACCGGUCCCUUUGCCUCGGUUUCCGAGCCCGAUCGCUUUGCAGCCGAGUUUAGUGCGCGUCGCCACCGGGGCCCAGCCGCUCAGGACCUAGGUGUCCAGGCCGGCUCUCUUUCGCCGCGAGAACCCCCGAGAGCGUAGAACACACGGGGACAGUGAGUGUGCGAUGGAUUAUGGGCGCGUCGGGGCUCCGUUGCGGUCCGACGGGCCCGCGAUGACCGAGAACCACCGUGGGAACGGUACCGGGCGUAGCCAAUCGCGGUGCCAGUCGGACGAAUGAGUCGCCGGCACCGGUGAGCUCUCGAUCCGCGGUGUGUCCCAGACUGUUUUUUUUUUCCGGGGGGAGGAUGCGCAGCCACCUCGGGGCCCGUUGUGCCGGACGGUCAUGAGCAGGGCUGAACAGUGUCCGUCGGCAAAGGACUGGAGUAUCUAGUGCUCGGGGAUCGCGAAGUUCCCGCGCGGGAAAGAGUGCGUCGAGAAACGAGAACGUUCGCGAACAGUUCUCCGGUCAGGAGUCCUGUCCCAGGAUGAUCGUCGGCCCAGGUAGCUUCGAGCGCACGGAAUCCGCGAGGUAGACUAGAGCGGAGAGACCGAGCCGCGAAACGACAUCGAGGACCGCCGAACGCCGGCAUGAAGCGGCAUGGCGACUAGCAUGGCCUAGCUGUCGUGUCGCGAUCCUCUCUGUGCAGUUCGAAGAAUCGUCGCGCGAGCCCUGGGAACCACGAAGGAAACAAUGUCGAACACGCCCCCGGAGGCUUCGACGGGGCUGGAGUCGUCGGAGCUACACGAGAUCCGGCAGAAUCACCUGGCCGGCAGGCUGGAGUCCCAGGACUCGGGGAAACGGGAGCAGUUGCGGCCCGGCGACGGCAACAAUCCCGACAGCGAUUGCGAAAGCGACACGAGCGAGGUGUUGAGCGUCGGUAGCGAACCGACGCCCACGAGCGUCGUCGGAAUCCGCGGCUGCGGCUCGGUCAGGUACGACCAGGAGUCGGCCAGCAGCCGCGGCGGCGACUUUCGCGACGAGGAGAACACGAGGACAUCGGCGACACCAUCGCCUUCGAGCUCGGCGAGCUGCAACGAUGCGUUUUAUCAACGAACGACUAACCACGUCCCGGCGCCGAGUCCGCCGGGCUACAGUCAGCCGCCUUCGUCGCCCACGGCCUCCUCGGUCAGGUCGCCGGCCUCCUCCUCGGCCACGGCCUCGUCGCCGGGCCGUCCGGAGGCGAUCCAGGACGUGAUAGUCCCCAGGUACCAGUCCAGCCACCCGCAGCACUUGCUGCCCCGGUACUCCUCCAGGGACGCGGAGAUCCCGGACUAUCCGACGCGGGUGCAGCACAGCCUGGGCCACGAGAUCAUCUACCCGACCGUCGAGAGGCUCCACAGAACGCCGAUCAGCGUCCCUCUGGUCACCAGACUGUCCCUGUCGCCGCCGUCGGCGAUGACGGUCACCGGCCUCCAAGCCACCACCCCUGUCCUCCAUCCAGCGGCCUGUCGAGACCCCAGGGAAACCGCUUCUCUGAUGCCUCAUCCGGGACCGCAUCUGCACCACGCCAACAGCCACGUUCAUCUGCACCAGACCUCCCAGGUGCAGCACAUCCCGGCGAACUCCGUGCACCAGCAUCGACUCUCCGUCAACAAGAUCCUCCAAAGAGACCCUGGAAGCCCGGUCUCGCCGGGAAUUCGGGAGGAGAACGGGAGAACCGUGGCGGGCAGCAACGGUGUGCAGAACAACGGCAUCAAUAACACCAAUCAUCACAACAACCACAACAACAACAACAAUCUGCAGCAUCAGGCCGGCUUGAAGUUCAGUAUAGACAAUAUCCUGAAGGCGGACUUCGGCAGGAGGAUCACCGAUCCGAUCUCCCUGAAAAAGUCCCGGCCGAAGAAGGUCUCCUCGAGGCCCAUCGAUCUGACCAAGGACUUUCUCGAGUCGUCCUCCGAGACCUCGGAGAAGAGCAGCUCGGAGACGAGCUCGACGACCAACACUUCGCCGGGCAGUGUCACUACGAAUCCCGCUUCGAACACGCCUGGACCACCUGUGACCGAACCUGGCAAGCAGUUGCCCUGGCCGGCUUGGGUCUACUGCACCAGAUACUCGGAUCGACCUUCUUCUGGACGAAGAUCCUCCCGUGUUCCAGGUCCGCGGACGAGAAGGGUGAAGAGGUCGGACAGCCGUGGCACCAGCGGCACCCCCGAAGAGAAGCGGCCUAGAACGGCGUUCAGCGGCGAGCAGUUAUCGAGGCUGAAGCGGGAGUUCGCGGAGAAUCGAUACCUUACGGAGAGAAGGCGGCAGCAACUCUCCAGGGACCUGGGCCUGAACGAGGCCCAGAUCAAGAUCUGGUUCCAGAACAAGAGGGCGAAGAUCAAGAAAGCGAGCGGCCAGAAGAAUCCGCUGGCGCUUCAGCUGAUGGCCCAGGGGCUGUACAAUCAUUCGACCGUGCCCCUGACGAAAGAGGAGGAGGAGCAAGCCGCGGAAUUGCAGGCAAAGUGACGACAAUAAGAUCCGUUCGCCGUUCGAUCAUAGAUCCGUCGCGAAUCCGCGACGAUGCCGGACGCGCGUCUCUUCGUUUCGAUUCGCGAUCGCGGCUCAGAAAGAAUUGGAGGAGUGUGAGCGGAUGAUUCCGGAGACGAUGAAUCGGAGACGUCCGAUCCGUUCCCAGAGUCCGUGGUCCCGUAUUUCGGGCCGUUCCUCCGUUACAUUCCACGAUACGGGCGAUCUACAAUCCAAAGAUUAAACGUUUUCGAUGCACUUGAACUUUCGGGAGACGGAAUUCCUGCGAUCGGACGCGCCAAACAAAUUUCGAAUCGAAUCUCGUAGACGUUUUUUCUUCGCACGAUAGACUGCGGUAUUUAUUUCGUUAAGGAUACUAGUGCCACUGACUGUAGUCGCUCCGAAGUCGAUCGGCUGACACAGGUGUCGGAGGGGUGGCACCCUAUACGCCAUCGCACAGUGUCACGCUUCUCGUAAUUAAACUCUUUUGUUUUGCAAAACGAUAGCAGUGGAUUUGUGACUUCGAAUUUGCAUAACGUUGUAGAGGGUUGAUCAGAUUUUUCAAUGUGUAACGAGAAUGUCAAAGGGUAAUUUAGACUCUGUUUUUAAUUGCGCAACUGGAUUUUUAACACGUUGAAUGCCACGUCGGUCACAUAUGCGCCGUUUGUUUUGAAAGUGGCAUAAGUCACUUUGUUUUU